GAAGAGAAAACUUCUUUGCUAUAGUUAAGUGAAAAUAUAAUGCGUUGGCUAGAAACCUUUGGUGGUCCAUUUAAUAGGAAGAGUACUAGGACUCUCACAUAGCAAACUCUUGUCUAUAGGCAGCGACAAAGAAGUCCAAGGUGAAGAGAUCUUGUCUGUACGUGUAGCCAUUGUAUUCACCCAUUUGCAGAAGGAGAACAAGGAAUGGACAGGUCCAAAAGAGAGGAAGGCUCCGCAAGUUACGUUCAUGGAGGAUACCACCCUGUGAAUAGAGGCGAUCUCUUGAAUGAAGAGCGCUAUGUGGUGCAAUCCAAGCUGGGCUGGGGCGGUUUCUCCACUGUUUGGCUUGCCUGGGACACCCAACUCAACAAAUAUGUGGCCCUCAAGAUAUCAAAGAGCAAUGAUAGCUGUUAUACUAAAAUGGCCCUUCGUGAGAUUCAAACCUUGAAAGCAAUAGCACAGGCUGAUCCAGAGGACAAGGAAUGUGUGGUUAAAUUGCUUGAUGAUUUCAUACACGCUGGACCACAUGGGAAUCAUGUCUGUUUGGUUCUUGAGCUUUUAGGAGACAAUUUAAGGACACUUCUCAAACAUUAUAGUGGGAAGGGCAUUCCAUUGCACAUGGUAAAGGAAAUCUGUUUUCAUAUCUUGCGAGGACUUGACUUCUUGCAUGGGAAACUUUCAAUUGUUCACACAGAUCUCAAACCGGAAAACAUUCUUUUGCCAUCCACCAUUGACCCUGAAAAAGAUCCAAAGAAGCUUGCUGUCCCACUUAUACCUUCUUCUAACAAAGGUAAAUCCCCCAUUGCUACAAGCUCAUCUUCUGGAUCAAAUAUUUGCAAGACAGGAAAUCAGCAGAUGGGAUUGAAACAGAAGGGCAAAUUAGUAGCUCAAGAUUGUGGGAUUGCAGCAAAUGAUGAUGUAGAGGAGAAGUUGGGUCUCGAAGCCCGAGCUGUACAAAGAAAGACAUGGAGCAACAAAAAGAUCUUGUCUGGGGCCUGGGAAGAAAACCUUGCACAGAAAAUUAGAGAACUCAGUAUUAACAACCUUCCUGAGAAGCAGAGUACAAUGGCGUCCCUUGAUCUUAAGUGCAAGAUAGCUGAUCUGGGUAAUGCCCUCCACCUCCCUAUUAAAUUAAUUGUUCCUAUUCAAACAUUUCGUUACAAGUGUCCAGAGACCCUUAUGGGAUCUCCAUUCUCUACUCCAGCAGAUAUGUGGUCUGUUGGAUGCAUUGCCUUUGAACUUGCCACAGGUGAUUUCUUGUUUAAUCCUCAGGGGGAGAACGAUCAAGAGAGGGUUGUAAAUCACCUGGGCUUAAUGAUGGAGCUCCUUGGUGUGAUACCCAAGAGAAUUGAUCCGGGUGGCAAGGUUUCUAAAGAUUUAUUCGACAAGAAGGCUAAUCUAAAAGGCUGUAGGAACUGUGGAAGGACAUUGAUCAAUAUGCUUCGAGAUAAAUUUGGGUUUGCCAAAAGGGAUGCAGAUUAUUUCAGGGAUUUUCUUAUUGCUCUCUUACAUUUUGUACCGGAAAAGCGACCGACUGCAAUGCAAGCCAUUCUUCACCCCUGGCUUGAUGGUGGGCUCCGCCUUCUUCAACCAUCAUCAUCCCCACCCCAAACACAGCAAAAUGCUGAGGUUAUUCCAGAAGACAAUACAACAGUUUAGUAAGAAAGAAUAUGAAAGCAUGUAGAAAAUGUUGCCAUUUAAUGUCAAUCUGUCAAAGUGACGUGCAUUUGUGUGAAUCUAGAUAAAUCAAGAAAUGGUGUAAGAAUCUGUGAAGCAAGAUUAUUUGUCCCCUGUUUUCUGUGAAAUUUAUUUCAUACAAGACGAAGGUAUGGACAAAGAUUCUUGGAUUACUGUAUGAAUAUUUCCCCACGUUGUAAACUGCAAUCAUGAGCAGAGAUUUUCAAAUAUUAUAUGUUUUUUCAA